UGAUAGGUUUGCGGAAGAGUGCAUUAUUUACAUUGCUAGUUCGGCGAGCACUCAUGCGCGGGGAUCUCCAUGAGAUCGCGACGCUAGUACGCCGGACUCGCCCGCCCCGCCGCGCCAGGUAUAUGGUAUAGAUAUACUUGGUAUAGUAGUCACCGAGCGAUUGAUGCGAGCUGCUCAUACCAGACAUGUAAAUGUAUAUUAAAUCAUAAUAUGCUACUUGUUUAUUCUUACUAGAAGUCAGUAUUGCAGGUGCGGAAGUCUUAUCAUCAGCCGUCACUACACAUACAUAUUUAAAAGACCUAGUCUAUUCCAAAAAUAGAUUUUGACAUUUGAAUUAUCGACUCUUUGUGGAGUGUGUACGUGUGUGAUCCAGGCCAAGGCUGGCUGAUUUCCAUGGGGAUGUUGCAGAUCGACUCACAUCACAGAAGUUUGUGCUUGUAGUUUGUAUGCUUGAAAAGAAAAGUUUAUUGGAGUUUUGGUGCUGGUGGUGUAAGAAACUACGUAUUUCUUGACAGAUAUCAGGAAACUGGGAUGUCACAAUGAGGCUUCUACGCAGAUUCCGGAGAAGCAGUUUUUGCUUUCAGCUAGCAGUGAUAGGUCUGCUGGCUGUCGUGAUUGUUAUGCUGGGAUCUCGUCUGCAGGCGGACAAUAUUGAUGAGGCAGUCCUACUUCAUAAUCUCAGGAAGGAGUUACAUAGGGUGGGUGGGCAUGUGGAGAGAGAAAUGCAAAAAACCGAGAUUCCCUUGGCAAGCAAGGCUAUGUGUGGUAACUUUGAACCUUGUCCGAUCAGCAAGUUUGCUUACAGGAUACAGACAGGUUUUCAGAACAAACACAGACCUGAGAUGUGCCUUGAAGAUGACUAUGGAGUGUUUCCUCAGAUUGAAAUGGGAAGGGGGCUGAAUAUAUUGCACAUAGAUGAACAUACAAAGAAGGUCAAGAGGAAAGGUCAUUUGACACAUAUUUACAUGUAGGCUUAAUGCUAUUUGGCCACAGGCGGCAUCGUGGCCGCAGGAGAGUGGCAUCAAAUAAAGAUAGUGCCGAACUGAUAGCAUUCCUAGACGGCGUCCCUCCGAGGGAUGUGAUCAUGGCAGUCACAUUUGACGACGCUACCAACCGGUUAGCACCAGAAGCGGUGAAGAUAUUUGAGAAUCAUUUUGGGAGUAAACUGGUCCAUCUACUAGGCUAUCGUUCAAUGUGGGCUUUCAUUGGGCAGAAGUAUGUUGAGCAUGACGGGGAGCAUGAAAAGUAUACGUUGAAGAAAGCAAAUGAAGAAUGGGGCGCCCAAGCAGACGUCAAUGGAUGUUUCUCAAUACCAUUGAGUCAAAAGAAACAACCAUCAAACUUUGGUGGAAUGCCAUACCAGAACCUGUGCAUGGUGCCCCGAGUCUGUGAGAGUAACGAGGUCGCUGUUCAUAUUGAGUCGGGUCACUCAGCAAAGAAGAGUAAGAUAUCUCCCAGAUUCUGCUUCGAUGGCAAGACGAUGCUGGGUGACCAUAAAAUUGACAGUGUGAGACCAGCAAAGAGAGGGUUGAAUUUCCUUGUAGUAGACCCACAAACUGCAGAGGUUGUAAGCUCUGGCAGCUUUGAUACAUACGAGUCAUCUAUCAAUGACAAAAAGUGUGCAGACUUUCUGAGAUCAGUAGGUCCAGGAAUGAUGGUGUUAGGAGGUACAUUUGAUGAGGCGUCAAAAGAACUUGGAUACGACACAAAACGUGAGCUACAGAGCCUUGGAGCUUCGAAGAUCCAGGACCUGGGCUAUCGAGAGAUGUGGGCAUUUAUUGGUCAGAAGGGUAUCAACGGUCACACCCCAUAUGAGAAGGUCAGCGAAGAUUUCAACGACGGGUGGGGUAUCAAGGCUGAGAUCUGGCAGUGCAUCCCCAAAUUCAUCAACGGAUCAUCCGUAACCAAUACAGUGAUGGGACUCAAGAAAAAGACAGAGUUCUGUCAGAAGUACCAUCCAAACUUCCGAGAGAUGUGCUCACCAGUCAACAUCCACCGUCCCAUCAUGCCCCUGAAGCUUGAUGACGAGAGCCUGGCUUCGAAUCCUGCCUACUCUACACCUAUCAUAGUCGUACCAGGAUCUGACCUGGAAGCACUUCAACGUACCCUUGAGUCUCUGAUAGCGCUACCAGGCCUUCAGAGUCAUCUUGUGGUUGUCAUUCUGGAAGGAAACUUUGCUCAACCUAACGAACUUGUAGGAGUCUAUAACUUCAGAACACAAUACGUCAAGGCUAAAUCUCAGUACUUAUAUGCCCUGCAUGCAGGCAUGGAGGAGGCCAUGGGUCUUUUUCCAAAAAGCGAAUACUUUCUCAUCAUUGAGGAGUAUGUAGAGGUGGCUCCUGACUUUCUACGCUACUUCUCUCAAACCAUGCACCUCUUGGAAGAUGAAACAAUCCUGUCUAUAUCUGCAUGGAAUGAGCAUGGGUUCAAGCAUACAUCAGGAGACACAGGAUUGUUGUACAGAUCUGAUACCUUCCCAGGAUAUGGAUGGUUGCUGAGGAGGAGUGUGUGGAAGAAUGAAAUGAAGAAGAACGAGGCAAACUGCUGCAUAGAUCAGACAUGGAGGGGAUGGUUGAAAGACGACAAAAGGAAGAAUAGAGAAUCUAUCGUACCUGAUGUGUCAAGGGUCAAAAGGUCACUCAAACCGGGCAUCUACGAAGACAGACCUUUCUUAGAAGAGUACCUGUCAAAUAGAACGAUGACAAGUGAUCCUGGGACUGAACCAUCAAGGGUGUUUUAUCUCAAGCUAGUGGAGUAUGAGAAAUAUAUGAAACAGCUCGUUAAAGAGGGGAUACCCCUGGAUCGUAAUCUGCUGAUAGGCUGUGACACCUUGGGCAAGACAUCGUUAGAUUUAUCAGGGUUUACAAGAGGAGCAUAUACAUUAUUUUAUCGUCAAGACUCCGCGACAGACUUCAAGGUGUUAGUGAAGCUUGCUAAAUGCCUUGGGAUAUACAUCUACAAUGGAGACACAGUAAGAGGCUUACACAAGGGAGUACUAAGAUUGGUGUACCAAGGACAGCAGUUGGUAUUGGUAGGAACCAAAUCACCUUAUUACCAGUACAAACCAAUCACAGCUGUUCCCUACUAGGGGCCAACACCUUCUUCUUCCUCGCUUGAGGGUAAACAGUUUCACUCUGUUGAAGAUGGAUGGCCAACAUCUUCACCCUUCUAAGGGGCUUACAUCUUCUCAUGAUGUCUUCAAGGAAGUGGCCAGGAGGACAUGUCUAUUUAUUCUAAGAGUACUAUUGCAGCUGAAUUAUUGUUGGGGUACAACUUGACGCCGAUAAGGGGGACUGGACUUCAGAAGAUGGAGAAUAAGAGGUACCAAGAUGGUGCAUGGCAACGGAUUUUAAGCUGGCCUCUUCUUCUUCUUCAAUAUAUGUCGACAGACUUGUUAGUCCAUGUAAAGACACAGAAACGAAGCACGUGGUCAGGGAAUAGAGCAAUCUUUUAUCUGCCAGUAUUGUUGAGAGGAAGGCUUAAAUAACUGGUAGGUUGAGAUAUUUUGGGAAGUGAAAGCUUUCAAGAUCUUCUCUCUUCAUAUAACACUUUGAUGGUCUCUCAAGUGAGAGAAAUCAGGGUAUGUAGUGUCAAGCAAUACCUGGUAUGUGGAAUGUAAUGUACUGUUUGUUAUUUUCGUGUAAUUAAGUGUUUGCAAAGUCAUUGACAUUUUCAUGAAAACUUGUGUUAUUUGCUAUUUUGGUUCCAUUAAUGACAAGUACAUUAGGGGGUAUCAUGGAGUUUCUAUUUAGGAUGAAUAGAAUCUGGCUAACUAAAGCAAGAUAUGAGGUAAUGUUGAAGUACCAUAGUGCUUACAAAAUUGGGAAAGAAAGCGAACAAACCAUUUAGUGAGUAAAAAUCACAUUGACUUACUACAUGAAUAAGACUGUUUAAGGAA